CAGCCAAUAGGCGACGAGAGCCAGGGGGGCGGCGGGGGUAUGCGGGGAGUGGCGGCUGUUUCAAGAUGGCGGCGGCGGCCGCCGGUGUAGGUGGAGGUGCUCGCCGGGGCCGGAGCUCUUCUGAUGAAGAAGAUCCACUGGUACCUGUUUCAGGAGUGUCUACAAAAGGAAAUUUAAGAACAAGGUGUUUGCCAAAAUAUCAAACAGGUCAAACCGAACUGAAGGUGCCUGUAGCUGUUGCUUCUGUUUCCAUGGAUCCUGACAGAGGUACAGGAAGUCUGACAGGGCAGCAGGGCACUAAUGAAGGAGGAAUGAAGAGUGCUUCUUUAAAGGAUUUGUGUCCUGAGGACAAGAGACGCAUUGCGAACUUAAUUAAAGAACUUGCCAGGGUAAGUGAAGAAAAAGAGGUGACGGAAGAACGGCUGAAAGCUGAACAGGAAUCAUUUGAGAAGAAGAUCAGACAACUAGAGGAGCAGAAUGAACUUAUCAUCAAGGAAAGGGAAGCUCUGCAGCAGCAGUACAGAGAAUGCCAAGAACUUUUGAGCCUUUAUCAGAAGUACCUAGCUGAGCAGCAAGAAAAACUAUCACACUCCCUUUCUGAACUCAGUGCUGCCAAGGAAAAGGAGCAGAAGGUAUCCAGUAAGAAGAGCUUGUGCCAGCAGCACUCUUUGGGGCUGGACAGCUCCUACUUGGGUGCUGGGGGACCUUGGACUCCUCAAAAGAACAGUAGAGCACCAAAGGCUAUAAGCCCAGCCUGUGUUGUGUUGUCUCAGCCUUGCAGGAAUAACUACGAUUACAGGACUGAAAUGCAUCACAACCAUCAGGAGUGUCUGAAGGAAUAUCCAAUGGAAAAUGACUUGCACAGAAAGUGCAACAAUAUGAUUUCCCCAGCCAAGCAGAGGAGCCCUCACCAUGUAAAGCAAGCUCAGGAGGUGGACCAGAGAACAAGUGAAUUUCAGAGUAUAUGCCCUCAGCAAGUGAGUCAUGGCUGUGCCUGGAGGCAUGUAGGGAGCUCAGGGUGCGUGGAAGAGAGCUGCUAUGUCAGCCAGGUAUUUACAAAACACUUGGGGACAGUUCACAAGACCGAUGAUCAUUCCAGGCUCUGUCAAGGUUCUAGGCUGAAUCACAGCACCGACUCAGGUCCUAAGGAAACAGAAUUGGCUAAAAGGUUGUAUGAAGAAAGAAGGCAGAAGCUGCUUCUUCAAAAAAUGGAGCUGGAAAUUGAAAAGGAACGACUCCAACAUUUAUUGACUAAGCAAGAAGCAAAACUGCUCCUAAAACAACAGCAACUACACCAAUCCUGUAUGGAUUUUAACAGGGUUAGAGGCCAUGUACCUGGCUCAGAAGAUAUGCCCAUUGCUGAAGCACCCAGAGAUCUUGCUCUGAUGAUGAAUGGCAGCAGCAUGGGGCUAAGCGUCCCGGUGUUGAAACAUGAAGAUUAUUUACUGAGGACAUCUCCAGUGAGCAAAAACUCCAGAAAACCAGGGAGCAGUCAUGGGAGCAGUUCAGGGAAGAAAAUGGUUGGCUUUGGUAUAAAUGUGGAUGAUGGGCACACUCCUCAAAUGCAGACCAAGAGGGAAGGCACCAAGUCCAGGAAAGGGACAACUUCAGGACUUAGGAAGGAUGCAGCCAUAUCUCCUGGGUUGAUGGGAAGCAGCAAAGUGCCUGCAACCAGAGCCGUAUCACCGAUUCAGCAUGACCCUUCACGGUACCAAGCCUCUCUUCUUGACCUAGUGGAGGCUAUGAACCCAAUAUCAGCUCCAGGACAGCUCUGCUGGGAACCUUGUGACAGGAAUGAACUGCACACGCCCUGCUGUGCAAGAAACAGGCUGUCCUCGUCUUGGUGCCAGAGCCCCUGCAGCCCCAGGAGCAGAGCAGAUGAGCUGGAGGAGAGUCGGCUCCUCGAGGACAUCUUCUUCAUUUGACACUACUCCUUGGUCUACACCUACUCUGAAAUUGUUUGAGUGAUCACUGCUUGUUUUCCCUCUUCUAAAACGUAGCUAAUUAGCAUCCAGGUUCAUUUUGGAUUUAGUGAUCAUGAUGCAAGUAUAUUGUUGGGGUACGCCAAUCAGAAAGUGUUAACUUUUUUCCUAAACCUUUCAUGUGCCAAGUAAUCAAUUUACAAUAGCAUUUUUUUAAAAUCUACAACAUUUUCUAAUACAUUGAAGUCACAGUUUUGCUAGACUUAUAUCGGAAGUAUAUUUCAUUAUUGAUUUUUUUUCACUCUAAAGCAGUUUGCAAGAACUGCCUAACAUUCAACAACCAGCAUGUUCAAAGUAGAUUAUUUUCUAAUUAAACAAGUCUGUUUAAAACCUGGCAUAUUAUAAAGGUACAAGCACUUUAGUACUUUUUCACUGAUUUUAUGAUCUACUUUUUCCUUCAACAUUCUGAUAUUUAACACACUGAGUUUUUAGGGGAUAUAUUGUAAGCUCAACUCUACAGUGUCUGAUAAUGUUAAUAGAUGAUGUUGCAGGUUGAUGUACUAGGCACAGGUUUGAAUUAUGUUCCUCUUUAAAUCAGUGCUAUUUGACAGAGUUUAUGUGCUGGGUAAUGUAACCCUGAAACAGCAGAAGAGAGUCAGACAUCAUAGAGAUCCAAAACCUAUUUGAUGUACUUUUCAAGAUGAAAUACAUAGUAGUGCUAGUAUAAGAGCAGUCUUAGGAAAUUUUCACUAACUUGCACUAUUUUGAUCCUGCAUCUAGGCUCCAUUGUAAAUAAGACAAAUCAGUAAUUAUUUCCACUAGCAGCUCACAAUGCACACUUUCCUGCCAGCUUUAAUUAUUCAUGCUGUAUCUAUUUCAGUUUAUUUAAAUGCAUUUCCAUCUACUGCAUGUACUUGGUUAUUUAAAGAAAUGUGCCGAAUUGGUAAAAAUGACUGCACAUUACAGGAUUAAUGAUCAUUUUCUCCACAAUGCAGUGUUCAUAUUUUAUUGUAACAGUAGCCACCGGCAUGUGUUCCUAGAAAUAUGAGACUAAAAUACUCAUUUUGCACAGUAAAAUUGCAGCAAGGGAAAGGUAGAAUUGAUCCAGUACAGGCAAGUUCUAGGCCAUUUGCUCCCAAACACCACUUCAUGGGCCAGUACUGCUUUUCAGACAGUCUCUUUAGGCAACCCUGCUUAUCUUAAUGGCUGGGUUGAGUUGCUGUACUGAUGCUUGGGGUAUGGCUGCUGCCUGCCUCCCCACACUGCUCCUGUGCAAUGUGUGAUGCUCUGUGAGGCGGAUCUCAGAUGAGAGCACCGCAGCCCCUGGCAGCACCGUGCUCCCUCAGUGAAACAAAAGGAGAGUGAAGGGGAAGAAGAACCUCAGGUUACUCUGGGCUGCUUCAUUCAGGCCAAGUAUCACAAAUUAGGUGAUAUCCUUUCUGUGCAUCCCAGCUGAAUUUUAAAAGCUGCUUGGAGGAGUUUAAAGGAGGAAAUCAGCAUUGCUGGACUAGAAAAUUACUGCUGUGGAAAGUCACUGCAUGGUCUGUCCUGCUUUUAGUGAGGUAUUACAGUUUUAUGGAAUAUGUCCAUCUGCUGUUAAAUGUCCCUCUUGUUCUACUCCCUGAGCCUGUGAAGGCCCAGGUUUCUGCUAGGAGCCCCAAAGAUGUAUUCAGUGCCCUGGCCCAAGUAGAGCAAAUGGGAACAUAAGUUUUUUUAUUCUGUUGGCUGAGUAGUCUGCUGCUUAAAGAGGGCAGGAAAAAGGAGGAGAAAGCAGAGAAAAAUAUAUAAGGACCAGCAGAAAAUUUGGGGAUAACCAUCACGUAGAUCUUAGAGUUUGGGGUUGUUUCAUGGUGUUUUUUUAGCUUUCAUGGUGUUUUUUUUAAGUGUUGGCAUUUAUAGAGAAACAGUUCUCUGAUUUCAGUCCAAUUGCUUCUUGUCUCAUUUCCAGUUUGACUGAAACUUUAAUUGCCUUUUCUGAUAAAUGCUAACUGACCUUUCAAAACAGCAAAAAAUACAUGUAUAUUUCUUGAAAGGUGCCUUUGUGUUGAGAACACUCCAUGGGAGCAUUUUGUUCUUUGAUUCUUUUGUGGGUGCCAAUAUUUAACUGCUUUGGUAUUUCUUAUGAUCACUUAAAAAAUUCUCAUUCUGAAGGUGACUUUUGGCUUGAAUCUAUAUUUUUUGGCUGUAGCUCUUUUUAAAAGGACAUUGUCAGGGUUGUGAGCUCUAUGCUGAAGGUGCUGUCAGUCAGACCUAUACAGGGGGCACACCUUUGUGAAUCAAAGUUUUCUAGUAAAAGAUGGUUGAAACGCCUGAUGGGUGAAGAGCUGUAUGCUUUAACUCUCUAUGAGAUGUGGACAAAAGAAACAAAAGCUAUUAAUUUCAUAGACCCUGUGGAAAGUAAUUUUUUAUAAUGCUGGCUCUUGCUCUAGUUAUCAGCAGUGCAUUAGGAAUAGUGUUUAGCAGUCAGUGCAAGCAAAGAUAUUUUGCCAUAAGGCACUACAAAGUUGAAGUUAUUAAAACAUUUAUAGCCUUAGAAAAAAAAAUCAAUGAUUGUCAAAUAGGAAAGGACAAAAUCAGUAGGUGGUACUGGGAGGGGAAUUGUUUUCCAUCUGCUAAAACAUUAGAGGAAAUGCAAAAAUUAAACUAGCAAAAGCAAUGACAUGACAGUGUCCUUUUAAGUUUGAUCUUCUAUAUUGGGAGCUGCUGCUGGGGAGUUGGUCCAGCAUAGACUGUUUGUCCAGAGGGUUCCCAGUGAAUAUCCUUCAGCUACACAUCAAGCUGUGUUUUCCAUGAGGCUUUGUGGAGUAAUAUGACUGCUGCUAAGGCUCCUACCCAUGCCUUCAGUUUGUGUCCUUCCCACAUGGUUUGUGCACACACACUUGCUGGCUGUUUGUGUAGUUACUGCUUUUGUGCACCUUGCACAUCACAGACCUGUAAUAAUCACACCCUUUUCAUUUCUAGCCUUUCCAGUCUUGCUGUUGAAUCCCGUCUCGAGCACGUAUUUAUAUAUGUAUGUGAAGUCUUAAUCUAAUAAAUUAUCUGGGGGUUUAA